GUAAAUCGUCAACACCCGAAGACUAUCAUGAAGCUACUGUUGCUCCUAUCUCUAGCAGCCCUGCUAGCCGGCACUGAGGGCGUGAGGAAAAACUGGGCCCUGCUCAUUGCCGGCUCUUCCGGCUACAUCAACUACCGGCAUCAGGCCGAUAUCUGCCAUGCCUACCAGAUCAUGCACAAGGCCGGGAUACCUGAUGAGCAGAUUGUGGUGAUGAUGUACGACGACAUCGCUCACAACAAGGAGAACCCCGUCAAGGGGAACAUCAUCAACAAACCUAAAGGCCCCAACGUUUACCCAGGGGUUCUCAAAGACUACACAGGAAGGGACGUCAACGCUAAGACCUUUCUAGCAGUUCUUCAAGGAGACAAGGAGGCCAUUCGCCAGCUGACCGGCAAAGACGGCAAGGUCAUCAACUCCGGACCGGAAGAUUACAUCUUCGUCAACUUCGCUGACCACGGCGCCCCAGGCAUCCUGGGCAUGCCCCAGACCCCCUACCUCAAGGCGCGAGAGCUGAACACCGUCCUGAAGAAGAUGGCCGCCGAGAAGAAGUUCGCCAAGCUCAACUUUUACGUGGAGGCUUGCGAGUCUGGAUCUGUGUUUGACAAGCUGCUGCCCGCUAACAUCAACGUGUACGCCACCACAGCCGCCAACACCACCGAGUCCAGCUGGGGAUGUUACUGGGACGAUUCCAGGAACGCUUACCUGGGCGACACGUACAGUGUCAACUGGAUGGAAGAUACCGACAAGGCUGACCUGUCCAAGGAAACAUUCGAACAGCAGUAUGAGAAGGUCAAGGUCGAGACCAACCAGAGUCACGUGCAGCAGUACGGUGACCUGUCCAUUGACAAGCUGACACUCAACGCUUUCUUUGGCAACGACAAACAGUACGUGAAGCUGAAUACCAACACAGAGGUUCCCGAGAUGAGAGACCAGGUCCCCGAGAUGAGAGACCAGGUCCCCGAGAUGAGAGACCAGGUUCCCAGUGAAAUGGUUGCCAUUAGAACCCUGGAGAACCGUCUGGCCAAGGCCCCAGCCAACUCCCUGGAGAGGUCACGUGUUGAGGUACAACUGGCCGAGUUGAAGCGGACCAUGUCCUUGACCCACCAGCUGAUCUGGGACAUUGUCAGGACCGUUUACAGUGAGCUCCCAGAAAACGUCGUGUACGGCACCGUGAUGAAGACCCACGAGGAGAUCAGGGACUGGGACUGUUACGAGAUGGCCGUGGACACGCUCCUGGCCUUCUGUCCCGGGCUGGACAUCAGCUCCAACGACUUCGCCCUCAGGAAGUUCUACGCCCUGGUCAACCUGUGCAACAACAACGGUCAAGGUCGUGUCAUCUCGGCUAUCGAGUCAGCCACUGUGGCCAAUCAGCUGUGUCGGGUUUAAUCACGUGACUCGUGUGUUCGGGGUAUACUGGUAGAGAUCUCACCCUGUGUGUGUGUGGUUGUGUGAGUGUGUUUGUCUGUGUGUGCCAAUUUGUAAAAAUGUGGAAUGUAUUGAGAAAAUGAGAGAAGCAAUGAAUGAUAUAGAUACACCAUUAUUUUUUUAAACUAAAAUAAAAUUUUCAAACUAA